AUGGAGUUCCUCCCGACCCUCCAGUCCGGCGUCGACGACCUCAAGCCCUCGCUCUUCGAGCUGCUCUCGGAACAGCAGCUCGCGGCGCUGCUCCCGCCCUCGCUGCGCUACCUGCUCGCCGUCGCGACGCCGCGCUACCCUCGCUACCUGCUCCCUGUCCUCAACUCGUUCGACGAGGUCUACGCGCUGGUCAUGCUGCUGGUCGAGCGCCACUUCCUGCGCACCUACGGCGGCUCCUUCACCGAGAACUUCUACAGCCUCAAGCGCGCCCGCGUGCUGCGUGUGCGCGGCGGCGAGCUCCCGCGCGCGCAGAUGGGCGCCGCCGAGAGCGUGCGCCACGCAAGCCGCCUCACCAGCGCCGACGUGUGGCGGAACCUCGCCGUGCUGGUCGGCCUGCCGUGGCUGAAGCGCAAGCUGGACGAGGGCUACGACAUGCACGCGGCCCACCGCGGGCUGCUCGGGCCCGGCUACGACGCGAGCCGGGGGCGAGACGCACACAGCAGGAGCCUGCGGGACAGGCUGAUGCACGGGUACAAGUGGUUUCUGCGGAACCUCUACCCCGGCGUGAACGCGGCCUACUACUUCUCGCUGCUCGUCUUCAACAUGGCCUAUCUCUUCGACAGCACAAAGUACCACUCGCCCUUCCUGUGGAUCAUCGGCACCCGCAUACGACGACUGGGUGCCGCCGACCACGCUGCGGUGGAAGCGCUCACGAGCGCGAAGAGCGUGGGGCCCGCGCGGCCCGGCGAGGGCGGCAGCAUCUUCAGCCCGCGCAACCUGGCGCGCAGCGUGCAGCCGCGCCUGCUGAGCAGUCUGAAGAUGCUGCUCCCGACGUCCAUCUUCGCGCUCAAGUUCCUCGAGUGGUGGCACGCCUCGGACUUUGCGCGCCAGCUGUCGCGCAAGGCCGCCGAGAACAUGGACCUACCGCCGCCGGUCCUGCCGUCGCUGCCGCCGUCCUCGGUCUCGCUACGUGCAGCAGCGGGCACCACGGAGGGGACCACGUCGGGGACCACGUCGGAGAAGCACCACAACGCACCACCCAAACCAAUCGAUCCCCCCAUCGCCGCCUCGUCCUUGCUGCCCAUCUUCACCGUCCCGCUCCCCUCCGACUCGACGCUGUGUCCCAUCUGCAGCUCUCCCGUCGUAAACCCCACCGCCAGCCCCACCGGCUUCGUCUACUGCUACACGUGCAUCCACCGCUGGGUGGCCGGCGAGCACGACCGCCAGGUUGCCUUCAUGGAGGGCUCGGCGGGCCUCGACCAAGAGGGUAGCGACGCCGAGUGGAGCCGCGAGGAGGGGAGUCGUGAGGGCCGCUGGGAGAGCGGGAAAGGGAGGGAUGCUGUGACGGGGCGGAAGGUGCUGGGUGGGACUGAGGCGUUGAGGCGGGUGGUUGUAUGA